AGCCUUUUCUCAGCCGUAGAAUCACAAAGUUCUCAAUCAAAGGUUAUACGCCACAGUGAUUUGACAUAGUUACGUCAGUAGACCGGAAAACAUUUAUUCUGUGUAGCAUCUGGUUGAUAGAAUUAAUCAUGGUUCUUAGUUUCUGUAUGCCACAAUAAAAGCCCCAUUUCGCAGUUGUGUGUUCAUGGAUCACAGUGUGCACUCAGUUAAUCACAGAUUCCUGUGCAGCUCGUAACUAACUUAGAAGUCACCAUGCAUUUCGACGAAGCUCUGAAGUACUUAGGCGAUUUUGGUAGAUACCAGAAGGUGGUUUAUUUCACUCUAUGCCUCCUGGCCAUCCCAUGUGCCUGGCAUAGCCUCGGUAAUACCUUCCUCAGUGCUUCACCAGACCAUCAUUGUAGCCUCUACGAUGGGUACACCUACAAUACCUCCCAGGAGGCUUUAAUGUCGUGCGCAGUGCCGAGGAAAGAUGACGGGAGCUGGGACAGCUGUAGACGGUACAACAUUUCCAUCGGCCCCGGUGGUGUGGAGUGUAGUCCGGACGAACCACGGGAUACUAUUCCAUGCGAUGAAUGGGUGUACGAUUCGACUUCGUACACUAAAACUGCCGUUUCUGAGUGGGACUUGGUGUGCGAGAACAAGGUAAAGAGGCAGUUAUCUAAGACACUUGUCCUCAUCGGUAAGAUGACGGGGUCCUUAAUCUUUGGCCAAUUCGCUGACUUUGCUGGACGGAAGAAGUCGUUCACAUUGGCAAUCCUUCUUAUGGUUGCUGCCGGAACUGGGGCGUCGUUCGUCACCCACUUUGCCCUUUUCUGUUUCAUGCAACUUCUACUCGGUGUCUCUGCAUCUGGAACAUUUGUUGUUGCCAUAGUAAUAGGUGAAUGUUUGGUAAAGCCCGCCACUGAGAUGGUUGGCAAGAGCCAGCGUGCGAAUGCAGGACUAAUCAUCGAGUACUUCUACACCAUUGGGUACAUGUCUAUGGCGUUGAUAGCGUGGAAACUACGGGACUGGCACACCAUUGAGCUGGCGAUAUCCAUCCCACCGAUUAUCUUCCUAGCAUACUAUUUUAUCGUACCAGAGUCUCCAAGGUGGCUGCUAUCUAAAGGCAAGACGGCAGAAGUAGAGAAAAUCGUCAGAAAGGCGGCAAAAAUAAACAAAGUGAAGAUACCAGAAAGUGUAUUUCGCGACUACUCUUCACAAACUGGGGAAAAGAUCAUUGGAAAGGAAACCAAGACGGUGAAGACGUAUACUUUCUUUGAUCUGAUGAGAUAUCCUAACAUGAGGAAGAAAACUCUCGUCAUUUAUUUUAUUUGGUUGAGCAACAAUCUAGUUUACUACGGUCUUUCCUUUUUCUCCGAGGAUCUCGGCACAGAUCCGUACUUGGCGUUCUUUCUCGCCGGUGCCGUCGAAAUUCCCGCCUAUAUUGUAUGCCAGCUGCUAUUGGAUAGAACCGGACGGAAGUGGCUGAUUUGCAUAUUCAUGACGACAGGGGGCGUGUCAUUGCUCUUCGCGAUGGCCAUUCCAACUGAUUCGACCACUUUAAUAUUAGUUAUCGCAAUGAUCGGCAAGUUGUGCAUCUCAGGGUCGUAUGCGAUUGUCUACCUCUUCACUAUAGAACUCUUCCCGACGCCCGUCAGGAAUGUAGGUGUAGGAAUGGGCUCCUUCGUGUCCCGUAUAGGCUCCAUUGCUUCCCCGUAUGUCCUCUAUCUUGGUGACGUCACUUUCUUCCAGCUUCCGUUUCUUGUAUUUGGAAGUUUUGCUCUGCUGGCUGGCGUCUCCACGCUUCUACUGCCCGAUACACUGGGAGCUAAGCUACCUCAAACCAUGGAGGAGGGGGAAGCGUUUGGCAAGAAUAUGACUUUUCGCCAAAUGGUCGCGUUUCCAGGAUGUGGAAAGAAGUUUGAGCAAAUCAAAGACGAAGACGAUCGGGAUGAGAAAGAAGAUCCAGCAGGCUCCGAGAUGAAGAUGCUCAACAUGUAGUCUUAAUUCAAUUCGGAAACGGCAUGCCGUUGUUUUACACUGACGUUUAUGGAAUGUGGUACUGGUUUAAAUUUUUUAAGAAAUGCAACUUUAUAGACGCAUCUUAAAGGCACUACCUUCUUGGUAACGAAUA